AGAAAAAUGAAUUAAUGUGAUGUGCAAGCAACCGGAGUCAAACAAAAGAGUCGUCCUCUGCCAUCUCUGUCGAGGAUGCUCUGCUUUUGUAGUCAUUUGGUCCUAACUCCAGUCCGCGUCUCCCCUCCUCGGGCACCAAGAAUUGCACAAAAACACAGGCUAAAAUCUUAGCAGAGACCUUGAGGCACCAGCAAUGGCUGGAGGGGAUGAGCUGACGCUGCUUGGCUUUUGGGGGAGCCCGUUCGUUCUGCGAGUGAGACUUGCUCUCAGCUUCAAGGGUCUGAGCUACCAGUACGUCGAGGAGGACCUGAAGAACAAGAGCGAGCUCCUCCUCAGGUCCAACCCGGUGCACAAGAAGGUGCCCGUGCUCAUCCACAACGGCAAGCCCAUCUGCGAGACCCAGAUCAUCCUGCAGUACCUCGACGAGGUUUAUGGUGGCAACGGCCCCUCCCUCCUCCCCGCUGACCCCUACGACCGUGCCAGGGCUCGCUUCUGGGCUGCUUACAUCGACGACAAGCUGCUGAGCUCGUUUCUGAUGACGAGCAAGGGGAAGACGGACGAGGAAAGGGCGGAGGGGAGGAGGCAAUCGUCUGCCGCUGCGGAGGACCUCGAGGAGGCGCUGAAGGAGUGCUCCAAGGGGAGACCAUUCUUCGGAGGUGAUAGCGUCGGCUACCUCGACGUCGUGCUCGGAGGCUUCGUCCCAUGGCUGCGCCUGAUCGAUCGCUCUACGGGCUCGAAGCAGUUCGAUGUCGGCAAGACCCCGCUCCUGGCAGCGUGGCUGGAGCACUUCGGCUCGUUGGACGCGGCCAAAGCUGUCAUGCCGGACUUGGAGAGGCUGGUUGCGGCCAGCAAGAUGAGGCAGGCCUAUGGCGUGCCAUCAUCGGAGGAACGCGACUCGGCGGCGGCGCUCGGUGCAACGGCGAAGCGCCAUCUUCGCGGAGAUGCGGACUUGCUCGUCGCUCUUGGCUCCCCGACGGGCAACGGCGCCAUCGCGCCAACGACGGCGGGGAGCCGGGCAGGCAAGCAGCCGUGGUCGCGGCGGAGGGACGACUGCGGGCAGGCCAAAAGUAUAAACUUGAUCGCCCCCAGGCAACCAUAUUACUAUCCAGCUAUUAAAUUGAGUCUUUCACAUCCUCAAAAGGGAAAGAGUUCACCACCUCCAACCAUUGAUCAAAAAGAAUUUGAGAAUCUUGGCAGCGGAGACCUCGAGGCACCAGCAAUGGCCGGAGGCGACGACCUGAAGCUGCUGGGCAUGUGGGCGAGCCCGUUCGUGCUGCGGGUGAAGCUCGCGCUCUGCCUCAAGGGCCUGAGCUACGAGUACGUCGAGGAGGACCUCGGGAACAAGAGCGAGCUCCUCCUCAAGUCCAACCCCGUGCACAAGGCGGUGCCCGUGCUCAUCCACGGCGGGAAGCCCGUCUGCGAGUCGUCGGUGAUCCUGCAGUACAUCGACGAGGCCUUCGCCGGCGCCGGCCCGUCCCUCCUCCCCGCCGACCCCUACGACCGCGCCAUCGCUCGCUUCUGGGCUGCCUACAUCGACGACAAGAUGCUGGCCGCUUGGAACCAGGCGUCGAGGGGCAAGACGGAGGAGGAGAAGGCCGAGGGAAUGAAGCAGUCUCUCGCCACGGUGGAGACCAUGGAGGGAGCCCUGAGGGACUGCGGCAAGGGGAAGCCAUUCUUCGGCGGCGACAGCGCCGGGUACGUCGACGUCGUGCUCGGCGGCCUGCUCGGAUGGGUGCGGGCACACCUGGAGCUCCAGGGCGUCAACUCCUUCGACCCCGAACGGACUCCGCUCCUGGCGGCGUGGGCGGAGUGCUUCUGGUCGCUGGAAGCCGUCGAGCCGGUCAUGCCCGACGUGAGCAGGCUGGUCGAGUUCGGCAAGAUGUUGCAGGCCCGUCAAGCGGCGGCGGCCGCCGCCACCGGUGCAGCCGGCAACUGAAGGGACUUCUUGAGCUCCGCCGCCACUCUUGCUUUCGGCUUAUGUUCGAUUGGAAAAUAAGGCAGUGUGGUGCCGUGUUGGUCAGUUUCUAUGGAGGUCUUGUGUGCAAUCAGUGUUGCCGUGGAUGUCUCGUGAGUAGUUAGACAGGUAUUUUUGUGUAACAUUUGUUUCGGAUAAUUGUUACAUUAUAGUACAAAGUGGUUUCAUGCGUGUGCCUUUUACAAUCA